UCUGUAUCCUGCAGAGUAAUGGCUAAAGCAGAUAGUUUGGUAGAGGGCACUAUCACGCAUUGUAAGCUAACAGCGUUAAUGCAUGUCUGUGUGUUGCUCCUGCAGAGCGGCCUGACUGCCCUUCAUUUGGCAGCUCAGGAGGACAAAGUGGCCGUUGCUGAGAUUUUGGCCAGAAACGGUGCCAACCUGGACCAGCAGACCAAGUUGGGCUACACACCGCUGAUUGUAGCAUGUCACUAUGGAAACGCAAAGAUGGUCAACUUCCUCCUUCAGAAUGGCGCAAGUGUCAAUGCCAAGACUAAGAACGGAUACACUCCCCUGCAUCAGGCAGCGCAGCAAGGAAACACACACAUCAUUAAUGUGCUGCUGCAGUACGGUGCCAAACCCAACGCUACCACUGUGAAUGGCAACACAGCUCUGGGGAUUGCUCGCAGGCUGGGUUAUAUUUCUGUGGUGGACACACUGAGGGUUGUGACUGAAGAGAUCAUCACCACCACCACGACGGUGACGGAGAAACACAAGCUGAAUGUGCCAGAGACCAUGACUGAAGUACUCGAUGUGUCAGAUGAAGAGGCGUGGGAAACCACUGAUGAUGAUGUCAUGUCAGACGACUCCAUGGAUGAGGAAGGUAGUCAGCAUGAUGGUGUGUGUGCAGGUUUGCUGUAGGAGUGAAGGCAUGGU